AUGACUACUACUCGAGAGACGUCGCGGGCUACAAAGGCGUUCUUAGCCAAAUUCAGACGCCGCAAACACACGAUAUACAGCAAGCUACGCGAUAUUCACGAGGAUUGUAAUGCCGAAGUGUACCUAGCUAUCCGCUACCGUGGAAAGUUCUACUGUUUCGCUGCCUUAGAUGAUACAAACUUCCCCCCUCCGGUAUCUGAAAUUUUAGGAGUAUUAAGGGUAUAUUCUAAGCCGACGCCGUUUAGUUCCCCGGGUUCCUUCUUUAAUCCCCCGGAGAAUCUAGCUCCGGAUACCAUAGAGUGGAAGACGCUUAUCUAA